AUGCUGAGCUCUGAUGAUGAUGGAGAUUUUGAUGUAUUCUAUGACUCAUUGGAUAGUUUGUCAGGUCAAGAAUCUGUUUUAGCCGAAGAAGAGUUUGGUUUCGAAAGACGUUAUGAUGAAAUUUGGGUGAAUGAGCCUGUUAGUGUAAAAGAAAGAAGGGAAGUUUUUCUGCAGGGUAUGGAUUUAGCUUAUAGUUCUUCCAAGAUUCUCUCUCAAGAAAAAAUUAUGAGGUUUAAUGAGAGGAUCAUGGAGUGCAGUGGAGCAGUCUCAAAUGCGUGCAUUUUCCCUUCUGAUAAAGUAUCUGAGAAGACGGUUUUCUCUGGAUGGAAUGCGACUUCUGAGGCAGAAGUCUUGUUGGAAGGACUUAAAGGGCGUCGAGAGGAUGAGGAUGAAGUGGAUGCUAGUUUUCAAUGGAAAAUGGAUGAGAAAGUGGAUGCAACUUCUACAGCUCCUGAGCACAGAGAAAGAGAAGAUGAAGCACAAGAAGAAUUUUGGGAUUUUGAUAAUAGUAAAACUAGUAGGAAUAAAUGGUGGAAGCGCUUCGUAAAUGUCGGAAAAGGUGAAGAAGGAAAAGUUAGAUCAAAACUUAGUACAGGGAUGAAUAAAACUAGUAGAAUAAAGGUAAGACGGAAUAAAAAGAGGUGGCUUGAGUUCAGUGAGGUCUAUGUUGGUCAAGAGAUUAAAGCUCACAAAGGAUUGGUAUGGACUAUGAAAUUCAGUCCUAAUGGUGAGUAUUUAGCUAGUGGAGGUGAAGAUGGUGUCGUGCGCGUAUGGCGCGUUAUGUCUCGUGACAAAAGCCGGCCCUUCAAUUUCCUUCCAAAUGAUAUUUUUCAAAUUGAGGAAUCACCACUGCAAGAAUUGUUUGGUCAUUCCAGUGAUAUCUUGGAUUUGGCUUGGUCUAAUUCAGAUAUUCUUCUCUCGUCUUCUAUGGAUAAAACUGUCCGCGCUUGGAAAAUUGGCUGUGAUCAAUGUCUACGUGUUUUCCCUCACAAAGACUUUGUGACGUGCAUUCAGUUCAACCCUGUUGAUGAAAAUUACUUCAUCAGUGGAUCAAUAGAUGGUAAAGUUCGAAUAUGGGGGAUAUGCGAAGAGCGAGUUAUUGACUGGGCAGAUAUACGAGAUGUCAUAAGUGCUAUAAGUUACCAACAAGAUGGGAAAGGAUUUGUAGUUGGUUCUGUUACAGGUACUUGCCGAUUUUACGCUGCUUCAGGAAAAUAUUUCAAGCUUGAAGCUCAGAUAGAUAUCUGUGGAAAGAAGAAAGCAUCGGGCAACAAGAUUACUAGCAUUCAGUUCUUCCAAAACAACUGUCAGAGAAUUAUGAUCACAUCAGAAGAUUCCAAAAUUCGCAUAUUUGAUAGAACUGAGAUGGUUCAGAAAUACAAAGGCCUUCCGUGGUCGGGAAGUCAGAUGUCUGGUUCAUUUACAUCAAGUGGGAAACAUAUAAUUUCGGUUGGAGAAGACUCGCGCGUUUAUAUUUGGAACUUCAAUGACUUUGAAAGUGCUUCUUCGGAAAAAAAGAAAUCACAGCAUUCUUGUGAAUAUUUUUCCUUCAAGGGUGUAACGGUUGCAAUACCUUGGUGUGGCAUGAAAGCAGAAUAUACAACAAAUAACAUUCCGCGUCGUAUUUCAGAAACAAAAGGCAAGCUAGAGUUUGGUUCCGAGGUUAGAGAUACAGACCGCUUUUCUCUCGGCAAUUGGUUCUUCAUAGAUGGUACAUGCCGAGGUUCUAUGACAUGGCCCGAGGAGAAACUUCCAACAUGGGAUUUACCUCUUGCAGAAGACGAAUAUGAUCAUCGGAAGUUAUAUAAAAAGGACAGUAGCCAUGGCAAGAAUAAAUCAGAAACACGGGGACUCACGAUAGUGGCAGCUGGCAGUGAUGGAACUAUCAAGACAUUCCACAACUUUAGUUUGCCUGUUAGGCUCUAG